GCCGCGAGCUUGUUCCGGUAUCAGGGCAGGAUCGUGCGCAUAGACUGCAAUCGGGCGCAGCUCCUCGCCUCUCUCCCCCUGUCGCCCGUGACACGCACCUCCUAACGAGAAAACCCCAGUAUACCAAUAAUGGAUUUUACAACCUGAUGAUCCCUUUUUGAGUCGGCGGGUCUUGGGAAUAACAGCAGUCGGUGUAACGACAGGACGAGCUGGUAAAUCGCCACACUGCAGUGCAGCACUGUUGAGCGACCUUAUUCCAAACACGCAACACAAGGAAGAGCGCCGGUGAUUUCCGUGGAUUUAGAGUUUUGUGGGCUGCUCUGUGGCAGUCAGCAGCACCGCCGCGGCCGCAGGAGGAGCAGCUAACUAGCUAACUUUACUUCGAAAGAAACACUCAAUUCGCUACAUGGGCUAAUUUUGGCCAGCCUGUAAGCUAGUGCAACAGAUUAAUUCGUGUUUUUCACCUGCCAUGUGACCAGUUUACAUGGUGCUGCUUUUAUUUUUUGGAUACCCUUACCCUGGAUAUCUCGCUGGGAACAUUUUGAAUAGUUUUGUGGGAGUUAGGAAGGUCGAGCCCUCGCCGGGAAUAACUUUGGCCUGAAAGUUUGCAGAACCAGGACCUGGCUUCAAACCUGAAAGGAAACAUCCCUGCCACAAAAAAAGAAAAAAAGAAGCGUCGACACUGUGUUAUGAAACCGACUCUGGAUAAACGUUUGUUGUAGAUUUGGGCGACAGUUGACGCUUCCUCGGACGUUAGUUAGCAACCUUACAGGUUAGCAUGCUAGCCACCUAAUUGAACCUUGUCUCGUCCAAUACAACCAACUUUUCUUCGUGCUAGCACAAGUAGCUAGCCGGCCAAAACGUCAUUAGGUUGGUAGCUCCCUGGUCACAAUUGGCACUGCUAACUGGAAACUGAAUGCAUUCACAACAAGACCGAAGCUGAAGAAGACAUUUAGCUUUUUCCUGUUUUGUGCUUGUUGACAAACAUGGGACGUGCGGUUGCUGCUAGUUGGGUUCAGCUAGCUGGCUAACUCGGCUAGCCACUGAUGUGGGUUUCAACUUGUUGAUUCACGGGCUAUCUGUCGUGCUGCUAGCUGGCUAGCGCUGGACUUCUGCUGGAAAUUUUCCUCUGCCCUCAGCUAGACAGAUCUUAAAUGUACAAUAGACACUGAAGAAUCGUUUUUGUUUCAUUGUUUCCUUCCCCCUUUUUGGCAACUUCAAGUCUUCAAAAAAUGUCAACAAGGACCCCACUGGUGCAAGUCAUUGAAAAUACAGCUGGGCAGGAGACCAAGUCCUCCAGCCGCUCCAGCAUGCCGCGAUGUCGGAACUCCGUCGCCACGACCACAACAGACGACCAGCCGCACAUCGGAAACUAUCGGUUGCUAAAAACCAUCGGCAAAGGCAACUUCGCCAAGGUCAAACUGGCCCGACACGUCCUCACCGGAAAAGAGGUGGCUGUAAAGAUCAUUGAUAAGACACAGCUCAACUCCUCCAGUUUGCAGAAGCUCUUCCGGGAGGUGAGGAUCAUGAAGAUGUUGAAUCACCCCAACAUAGUCAAGCUGUUUGAGGUGAUAGAGACAGAGAAGACUUUGUACCUGGUAAUGGAGUACGCCAGUGGAGGAGAGGUCUUUGAUUACUUGGUGGCCCAUGGCAGGAUGAAGGAGAAAGAAGCCCGUGCCAAAUUCAGACAGAUUGUGUCAGCGGUGCAGUAUUGCCAUCAGAAGUGUAUAGUACACAGAGACCUCAAGGCAGAGAACCUGCUCCUGGACGCGGACAUGAACAUCAAGAUAGCGGACUUUGGCUUCAGUAAUGAGUUCACUCUGGGGAACAAGCUGGACACGUUCUGCGGCUCCCCGCCCUACGCCGCCCCGGAGCUCUUCCAGGGGAAGAAGUACGACGGGCCCGAGGUGGACGUGUGGAGUCUGGGGGUGAUCCUGUACACGCUGGUCAGCGGCUCGCUGCCCUUCGAUGGACAGAACCUCAAGGAACUGAGGGAGCGAGUGCUGCGUGGUAAAUACAGGAUUCCCUUCUACAUGUCCACCGACUGUGAGAACCUGCUCAAAAAGUUUCUCAUUCUGAACCCCUCUAAAAGAGGCAGCCUCGAGCAAAUAAUGAGGGACCGGUGGAUGAAUGUAGGUCAUGAGGACGAAGAACUCAAACCCUAUAUCGAACCCAUGCCAGAUUAUAAGGACCCCAGGCGGACAGGUAGGAACGGAAACAAACUCAAAAAUGACAUCAUGCUGACGAUGGGAUUUUCUGCGGAAGAGAUUCAAGACUCGCUGGUGAACCAGAAGUACAAUGAUGUGAUGGCCGCAUACUUGCUACUGGACUUUAGGAACAAUGAGCUGGAAGAAAGUGGCAUCAAACCCCGGCCAGGAAGUGAUGUAAGCAACAUUAAUGCCCCCUCCCCGCCUCACAAGGUACAGCGCAGUGUGUCGUCCAACCAGAAGCCUCAAAACCGCAGAACCAACGACCAGGGCUCUUCCUACUCUAAGAGGGGGGGUCAAACAGACAACCGGACUGCAGGAGAGGAUGCUGGGAGGAAAGGUUCAUCAGGCAGCUCCACCACCAAGGUGCCGGCCAGCCCUCUGGUCCCCACUGACCGCAAGAAGAGUGCCACGCCCUCCACCAAUAGCAUCCUGUCCACCGGUACCGGUCGUAGUCGGAACUCUCCUCUGACUGAGAGAUCCACGCUGGGCCAGGGCAUCCAGAACGGCAAGGACAGCCUAAACACUCCGGGCUCCCGCGCCUCCACUGCCUCGGCUGCUGCCGUCCUCUCCUCCUCCUCCUCCUCCUCGCGUCCCCGUCAUCAAAAGUCCCUCUCCUCCUCCAAUCAUCCAUGCCCCUCUGACCUGCACGCACCACGGCCCAGUGCCACGACUCAGCGGCCUCCCGGUGCCUCCCCCUCUGCCCACAACAUCAGCAGCGCUGCCGCGUCAGACCGUACCAACUUCUCCCGAGGGGUGGGCAUCCGCAGCACAUUCCAUGCAGGCCAGCAGCGGGGGGCCCGGGACCAGCAGGGCUCCGCCUACCCCGGGGGCCCGGCGUCCCCGUCACUGUCACAUGGCAACAGCCAGGCCCGGAGGACACACGGAGCCACGGGGAUCUUCAGCAAGUUCACAUCCAAGUUCGUACGCAGAAAUCUCUCGUUCAGGUUUCCAAGAAGGAGUCCGUAUGAGGGAGAGGGUCGGGAUGAGGGGAGCAGGUCUAUGCUGAGCAGCACAGUGGACAAGUCGGAGAAGACGUCCGGCGGGGUCCUCUCCUCUUCCAACAACGAUGAGAACAACUCCUCCCCAGGGUCUGGUAACACCGGUGGGACCGGCACCCCCCCGGCCAUCGGCCUCCAGAAGGAGUCGGUGAAGCCUCGCUCGCUGCGCUUCACCUGGUCCAUGAAGACCACGUCGUCCAUGGAGCCGGCGGAGAUGAUGCGCGAGAUCCGCAAGGUGCUGGACUCCAACAGCUGCGAGUACGAGCUGCGCGAGCGCUACAUGCUGCUGUGCGUGUCGGGAAACCCCGCGCGAGACGACUUCGUCCAAUGGGAGAUGGAGGUGUGCAAGCUGCCGCGGCUCUCCCUCAACGGCGUGCGCUUCAAACGCAUCUCCGGCACCUCCAUCGCCUUCAAGAACAUUGCCUCAAAGAUUGCCAACGAGCUCAAACUGUGAGUGCGGAGGAGAGAGGUUCAGAGGUGGGAGGGUGAAGAGGGGAGGUAGGGAGGAGGAUGCUGUAAGUGGAGGUCAGGAGGUAAGCUACAGGGUGGGAUCACUUUAAAAAGAAAGCCGAUUGUUAUGUGGACAAAGGUCUGAAGUAGGGCUAUCGGUUCCUCUGAGACUAGAAAAGCGUUGUUUUCUAGAAGUUCCUUAAGUACACGAGGCCAUUAGAAACUCUGAGUCCGUGUCCUCUGAGUCGUGAAGUACUUAUAGACCGAGGGUCUUCUCUCCCCGCUGGGCUUUUCUUUCGUCACGUUCUACUUAGACGUUCCACUCUUCUGCAUGUCCGCUCUGCUCUCUGUUUAUUUAGUCGUCUCACUUUGAUCACUUUGACCACUCCUGUCACUUCUUCCUGCUAUUUAUUCAGUUUGUUCUGCACGGUUCUGCUGCCAGCUCUUUUUGUGUAGGAAAGACAACCGGGUAAAAAUCGGAGGGGGGGGUUAAGAUGGAGGACAAAGUGAGUGGAGAAAUUGCUGAUAAUAAAAGAAAGCCAACGUUCUCUCUGAAUCUCUAACAAGUGAGGAUUGAUGGAAAGUGUGGAGCCUUAUUUUUGCUGGAAUUCUCAUGAAAGGAGUCUAGAUUUGAAUUUGUUCUGAUUCUCCUCCGACUCUGAAUGGACUCCAACUGAGCCGGGACUUUGGUUGCUGAAACCCCCCCCCUCUCACACACAUGCACACACAGACACACACACACACGGACUUUGGAUGGAAAGACUAUGCUGUUGUUGGUUAAAGGACCCUCUUCACCCUCCUGUUUAAAAAUGAACUUUAAAAAUCCGCCUGAUCCAUCCUCCACACACACACACACACACACACACACACACACACACACACACACUCUUCAACCCUCUAAUUUCAAACUCGGCACAAACACAUCCAUGUUUUCGCCUCUUCACUCCCUUUGUCUUCCUCACUCAUUAAUUUCUCUCAUCGAGUCAUGAUGACAUCAUCGAUAGUUCUUCAAGUCUUUCUUUUGUUUGUUUUGUUAAUUUCUUCUUCUUUUAUGGCUUUUAAAAAAGAGUUGUGCACUGGAAAAGAGGGGUGAACGAGGGAGGGACGGACAGUUUGUGGACGGGGUUGUUGAUUUUACGUUGCCUUUCUUUGUAGAAUUUAAAUGUAAGGGUUUGUUCUUGUUGUCAGCACAUACAUGCUCAAAUGAUUUAUUUGUAUUUUUUUUUUUAUUAUUGUUGGUAUCACUUCGGUUGGCAUCGCGCCUUCAUAUCCAGAAUGUCAACCCUGAACCGACGCAUUUCUACCCCCCCACAUCCGCUUUCUGCUACUCCCAAACACACACCUUUUGGAGUAUGUAACAAACAGUGUGUGUGUAUGUGUGUAUGUGUGUGUGUGUGUGUGUGUGU